AAUUACAAAACAAUCACCAAGUCUCUCAUUGCUGCUACUCUGCUUUCUCCCUCAACAUCUCCGAUGAGCACCCCCAAACCCCUCCCCCCAACCGAAACCCUAGCUCUCCCCAACUCGCUAACCCUAGCUCCCCGCAUCAAACUCCUCCUCACUCUCCACCGCGCCGACGACUCCGUCUCCCCCCUCGACACCUGGCUCCUCAAAACCUCCCUCAUCUCCUUCCUCGAAUCCUCUUUCUCGAUCUCUCUCCCGCUCCCCGAUCUCCACAUCGUCCCCUUCAAGGACCUCAAGAAACGCAAGCGCCACGACCCCGUCGCUCGCGGCACGAUAAUUAUCAGAGAUUUGGAUUUCGCCUCUCUCAAGUUGUCGAAAUUCGAAGAGGAGGAGGGGGAGGAGGAGAAAGGUAGGGUCUUGGAGAGGAAGUUUGCGGAGUGGAGGAAGAAUGCGGUGGAGAAGAUGGAUGGGAUGGAGAUGAGGAUUGUGGGGGAUAGGUUUAAGUUGAGUGUGGAGGUUCCGGUGGGUGAUGAUUUCGAGAGGAUGAAGAAGGAGUGGGAGGAGCUUGCGGCCUUCGGGAAUCGAGGGUAUGCAAGAGGUGGGAGACGACUACCUGAUACAAUUAUUUUGAAAGGUGUUCCAACACGUUGGUUUGUUGAGCCGCUAGUACCUGACAGGCCCUCACAGAUAGUUACUCAUACGAUAUUCUCAGCCCUUGGGGAGAUAAGGACUCUUGAUGUGAAAGAGGACAAUGAUACAUGUAAUCUUGAGGAUGAAGAGGAUGGAUAUACAGUACCGGGAUUACAUUGUAAGAUAAUUGUUCGGUACAAAGAAUACAGCGAUUUUUGCAAUGCUUUGAAGGUUUUAAGUGGCCGUUCUUUGCAGAAGCAAGGAUCUCGUUUAAAGGCCGAUUAUGAGGUUACUUGGGAUAAAGAUGGAUUCGGAAAUGCUAGAAGCCAACCAGAAGAAACUGAUAGAUGGAUGCCGUCCAAUAGAUAUAGCAGGGAAGAUGGACAAUCGUACAAUUCUCGCUUUAGCUCCGAGAAAGGGCGUCCAAAGAGAUUCAAGGAAUGAAGAUGUGGUUGAAACAUCUUUUAGUGAUUGCGGGUCAAAGCCCAGGAAGCCAAUUUCCAGACUGAAAAUUGACCAGAGAAGAUCCAGCUUUAGGAUUUAGCAUUCUGUGUUGUAUUAUAUGUUCAUUAAUUUCUUAGUUGUAUCUCUUAAUUUUGCCAAUAUGUAGCUGUUUAUUUUUGGGUUUUUUCCAGAAAGUUGGUACUUAUCCAAAGAAAGAAAAGAAGAUAAGUAUCAAAACAAGAACAUUUUCUGAGAGAUGGCCUAUACAGACACCUUUGAUUUUGUUA